AUGGCGGAGAGUGCAGUCAAGUUUCUGCUUGACAAGCUUGCACCCCUUUUUGAAAAUGAUUUGCAACUUUUGAGAGGAGGGGUUAGGGAAGAAAUUGUUUAUCUAAGAGGAGAGCUGGAGCGGAUGACGGCUUUUCUGAGGGUUGCUGAUGCAUCUGAAGAGAGUGAUGAGGAGCUCAAAGUUUGGGUCAAGCAACUAAGAGACAUUGCUCACGACAGUGAAGAUGUUCUUGAUGAAUUUACACUUCUGCAGGCACAUGAUCAUGGGGAGGGAUUAUAUGGUUCAAUCCAUAGAUUUUCUUGCUGCAUUAAGAACACAAAAGCUCGGUAUCGUAUUGCUUCUGAAUUACAAGGCAUCAACUUGAGAAUCAGAAAAAUCUCGGAGGUUCACAAGAGACUCCGUCACAAAUUCAAUAUGGCUGAACAAGGCGCAGGCUCCACCAGUGCAUGCAAUACAUGGGAUGACCAUCAAGGCGAUGCUCUACUUCUAGAGAAGACUGAUAUUGUAGGCAUUGACAAGCUCAUACAGCAGCUGGUUGGGUGGCUAGUCAAAGGUGGUUCUGGACGUGAAGUAGUUUCUGUGGCUGGAAUCGGAGGGAUGGGGAAAACUACCCUGGCCAAGCAAGUCUAUGAUGCUGCAGAAGUGAAGAAACAUUUCAAAGUUUGUGCUUGGAUCACUGUUACUCGGUCUUUCAAACUUGGAGAACUCCUAAAAGACAUGGUUCAUCAACUCUACAACGCAAUCCGCAGGCCUGUUCCAGCAGGAAUCAAUAAUAUGAAUAACAAUCACUUGAAAACAAUAAUCAAGGACUUCCUGCAGAAAAGGAGAUAUCUCAUUGUUUUAGAUGAUGUAUCGCACUUGUAUGGAUGGGAUGCUGUGAAAUAUGCCUUGCCUAACAAUACUUCUGGUAGCCGAGUCAUUCUCACAACUCGAAAUGCUGAAGUAGCCUCUACGACCAGUGUAGAAUCUGGAGGGAAAGUCUACAAUUUGGAGCCCUUACCCCAGUCGGAGUCUUGGGAACUUUUAUGCAAGAAGACAUUCCAGGGGAAAUCUUGCCCUCCUCAUUUAGAGGAAAUCUGUACUUAUGCUUUGAAGAAGUGUGAGGGGAUGCCCCUUGCAAUUGUGGCGGUCAGUGGUGUCUUGUCUACCAAGGACCAGCGUCGGAUUGAUGAGUGGGAUAUGGUUUGCCAUAGUCUUGGAGCUGAAAUUCAGGGCAAUGACAAACUGAGGGACUUAAAAAAAGUACUUUCUCUCAGUUUCAAUGAUUUACCAUACUAUCUAAAAUCUUGCUUCUUGUACCUGAGCAUCUUUCCUGAGGAUUAUCUAAUUGAGCAUAUGAGGCUUGUUCGAUUAUGGAUGGCAGAGGGGUUUGUCGAACCAAAAGAUGGCAAAACAUUGGAAGAUGUUGCGGAGGACUACCUCAGUGAAUUACUGAAUAGAGGCAUGAUUCAAGCUGCUGACACAACCUCUGAUGGAAGGGUCAAGAACAUUCGUGUUCAUGACCUUUUCCGAGAGAUGAUCACCUCUAAGAUAAGAGAUCAGAACUUUGCCACAAUUUCUAAAGAGCAAAAUGUUCCUUGGCCCGAUAAAGUGCGCCGCCUAUCAUUGCACAACUCAAUGCAGUAUGUACAGAAAAACAGACUUCUUAAUGUUUUAGACUUGCAAAAUGCGCCUCUAAAUGUUUUCCCGGUUGAAAUUAUAAACCUUUUCUUUUUGAAGUAUCUGAGUUUAAAAGGUACCAAGGUGAAAACCAUUCCAAGGUUCAUUGGGAAGCUUCAGAACCUAGAGACCUUGGAUCUUAAACAUUCUCUGGUUACUGAACUCCCAGUUGAAAUCUUGAAGCUUGAACAUCUACGUCAUCUCCUGGUAUAUCGUUAUGAAUUUGUACCUUAUGGAGACUUUCACUCAAAAUAUGGUUUCAAGGUACUAGUGAAAAUUGGGGCUUUGACAUCCCUUCAAAAGCUCUGUUUCAUCAAGGCAAACGAAGAUGGUGGUGCCAUAUUAAAAGAGCUUGGGAAACUAGUUCAGUUGAGAAGGUUAGGCAUUGUACAGAUGAGGAAAGAAGAUGGAAAAGUCCUUUGCUCAUCGAUUGAAAAGCUGAACAAACUUUGCGCGUUAUCCAUAACUUCAGUAGAAGAGGAUGAGAUCAUUGAUCUGCAGCAUCUUUCUUCUCCUCCUCUACUGCUUCAGCGCCUCUACCUGCGAGGACGGUUAGAGACAAUACCUCACUGGAUUCCUUCUCUGCAUAGCCUUGUCAGGUUAUAUCUGAAAUGGAGCAGGUUGAAGGAUGAUCCACUUGUAUUCCUUCAAUAUUUGCCCAAUCUAGUACACCUCGAACUAUCUCAGGUGUUUGAAGGAGAGACAUUAUGCUUUGAAGCUGGAGGGUUCAAGAAGCUCAAACAUUUAGGUAUCGACGAAUUUGAGGGACUGAAGUACAUACAGGUGCAGUUGGGAGCAAUGCCUUCUGUGAAAAAGUUAAGCAUCCAGCGCUGCAAGUUAUUGGAGAAGGUGCCAUCAGGCAUUGAACACCUGAGCAAACUGAAGGUGCUCGAGUUUUUUGACAUGCCAGAAACAUUGAUCAAGACGCUACGUCCACAUGAGAAGGACAAUGACUAUUGGAAAGUCGCACACAUUCCAGAAGUUUAUUUCACAUACUGGAAAGAGUGUGGAUGGGAGGUCUAUCCUCUAGAGGGUUUGAGUGAAGGAGAGAAUUUUCCUCAUGAUCAGCCUAGUUCUGUCAUGAAGAGCCAUGAACUUGAAACUCGUUGGAAGUAA